ACGAUUACACUCUAAUCAGUUUUCAACCUUCCUUGUGUAUAAAGUGUUUAUUAAGUGCAUACCAGUGUUUGACGUCGUAUAGGCUAAGUGUUAUUUUGAGAAUGUCAUCUACGUCUUCAUUGGCUGGCAGGAAGUUAGUACUCAGCAGCCUUUUAGAGACGGACCACUACGAGAGCCUGAUCAAGGAUCUCACAUGUACCAAAUGCCACAAAUAUAUGAAGCCACCGAUCCACCUUUGCGUAGAUGGCCAUAGCAUCUGUGGAACUUGCUUCUCGAAAAGCUACCAAUGCCAUGUUUGUCAGAAAGAAUUUUCGCAAGUGCGGCCGAUGGUGCUCGAGUCGUUGGCCAACAAAGUGCUAUUUCCGUGUACGAACACCGGAUGUCCGAAGCACGCAACCCUGCCUCAGUUAGAGAAGCAUUCGCCUCAGUGCCAAUACCGGAUCAUCAGUUGUUUUAUGUCUAGAGUUUAUGGUGAUUGCAAAUGGAAAGGCAGAGCUGGUGAAUGGAUGGACCACUGCUUCUUGGAACACAAACAGAAGGUGACCGACCUACCCUUCAUCACCGUCAAAGACAAGUGGGAAGCGAAGAGAACGGAACCAGUGCUCAACUACUUCCUGCUCAGAUGCUUCGAGAAAGUGUUCAACGUGUACCAGAUUUACGACAAAAGAGGAGGAAGGAUGAUGUGGACAGUGCUUGUGAACGACGACCAAGCAGAUAAGUUCUAUUUUGAAGUGGAUAUUUUUCUGCCAAACUUUCCAAGCAAGAGGAUUGUUUAUAGGCGUCCCUGCAAAUGUGAGAGGGAUGCCGACUUUUUGGAGCACACGCAAAAUGUUUACAUUCCUGUAGAAAACGUCUUCUCGAUGCUUGAUGAGAGCGAGUGCAUGAAUUUCACAGUGCGCAUUGGAGAAGUAGAGAACCUUCCACUUCUAGAAACACCAACAGAAAGUGAGAGCUUAAUAUUACUAAAUGAAGACGUAAAAGAAAAUGGGCAAUAAGUACAGAAAAAGUUUUUAAAUAGAUUUGUUACUUUGUAUUUUUACAUAUUUAUUGUCCUUGAACCAAUGUCUUUUUUUUGGUUUUCGCGUAAUUUAUUUUUGUUUUACAUCCUAUAUUGCAAAAAAUAAAACAUGAAUCAAAAAUAAAAAAAAUGUAAAAAAUAUUACGAAAAAAUUAUUAUAAAGACGCAUUAUGUGAAUG